GGACUGGAGAAGAAGAGGGCGGGAAAGAUGAAGGCAGGAGCUGGGUGGCUGCAGGAGCAAUGAGACCACUGUAUUGUCAUGUGUGUCCACUGCACGCCAGCAGAUGUUGCAUUAAGAUCAUCAGCACAAGAAGCAAGUAAUCUGCCGCUCAUGGCACAUCUUUGCAGAAUGCAUGCAGUUAUUUACAAUACAAUCACCCAGUGAUUUGGGGUCACAAAUAGCAGUGGAGCUGGCACAGCUGAAUUACUCCAGCACUCUUGUCCAUUUGUAGAAACUAAUCUAUUCGUACGUACACAAGGCACAGUUGAUGAUAUUACUAUUGUACACCAUUUCCCGCUUUGUAUUAAUGUUUGCGGUGAUUAGUGGACUCCAGCUCUGGAAGAUGACCCAAUUUCACAGUGGAGUAGGGAUGAAAUAGGUGCAGACAGCUGUGAAUUCAAGGUGUAUUUUAUACUCUGCAGAGCUGUUCUUUUAUGCGAAGGUCAGAAUGUCCAGUGCACCGUCCGAUUGCCGACUUGAUGUCACUCGUAGAAAAACUUUCUCGCAAUUGUUGGGUUCGAGAUCACGCAAGCAGAAGCGGAGAUGUUCUUCAGAGCUUGUGCCCCGUGAGGCUGUAGUUCGGUUGAUGAAGCACCAUCAGAACCUUGGUGAUCUGCUCCUUGAGGUUACUGGGUCAGGGAGUGAACGUGAUGGUGUUGACUCUGAUGAUCACAAUGCUGGUACACCUGCCAGGGGAUCAUUUAUUGCCUCGGUGUUUCGCGAGCAAGCUUUAAUGAAGGACAUGCCUCCGGGGCUUUUGACUGCCAGAACAGCUGUGGAGAAAAUUCAGCAAAUCGAGCAGCUUGGGCUUACACCCAGACACACAGUUAUGUUGGAUGCUGAUCAGCGGGGUAAACUUGUCUGUUUACUGCAGAGUUUGCGAGAACUGAUGUCUACUGGAAUGCUCAGCCGGUUGCAAUUCAGGGAGGAGAUUUGGAAAGCAAAGGAAGUACCCAUGCUGGAAGUUGUUUGGCAUUUGCAGAAGGAGAAUAUUGUGAGCCUGGAAGAGCUUGUAACAAGUAAUCCUGAUGUGACCUUUGCGGUACGCUGGCUGUUUGACAACUUGUGCCUGCUUUGUUCGGAGGCUGAGGAUCAGUACCAGCAUCAAGAUAUACCGAGGCAGAUAUUGUCAGAUAUCGUCGCUGAAUUAGUGGGAAAUGGAUUUAAGGAAUCAAAUAAUUUGGAAUCUGACCGUAAAGAGCGGCAGUUCUCACAGGUUUGUUUUGAGGUGUUGAACCGAAUGCUUUUGUGGUUACUGGAUAAUUUGUGUAAGGAAAAUGAAACCGAAGGUGCCUCUGUGGAAAGGGCAACUCAGUUCUGGUUGAAUGUGUUUGAUACAGCAUUGUUCCACGGUAUAUUGUCGCCGGAUUUGUUAAAGCAGUUUUUCUACCACACAUUAACUCAGAUUCUCACCUUUAAUCCUGUGCUUGAAGCGUCUGAUGCUAUUCGCAUGCAGGGAGAGUGGUGCUUUGCAAAAACGAAGAUCCUUUUAACAACCUUGUACAGGAAGAUCUUCGUGCUGUUCAGCGCAGAGGAGUUGAUUGUUCAUCUUCGGCAAGUUCUGGAGACCCAUGAGGUGAACUGGCAGAACGUACUAUCCUGUGCUUCCACGUUGUUGGUCUGCCAACCACCGACCCAACAGCUAUUGAAAGAGCUGCUGGCCAAUCUACUGACAAAUUCCUUUGAAAACUACGAGUUGGAGAGUAUCAUCACUGCGUUCCUGCUUGUACGACAGGCCGCAGUGGAGGGACCGGCGGUUUUCAUCAGCUAUUCGGAAUGGUUCAAGAAGUCCUUUGGGUCUGCGAAUGGUUACCAUGGUGGCAGUAAGAAGGCUCUGAUCUUCCUGCUGAAAUUCCUGACGGAUCUGGUGCCAUUUGAAACUGUGCAAUACUUAAAGGUUCAUAUUUUGCAUCCUCCAUACGUGCCAUCGAAAUAUCGAGCUCUACUUCUGGAGUACGUGUCACUGGCUAAAACCCGACUGGCAGAUCUCCAGGCGUCAGUUGAGGAUAUGGGUCUAUAUGAGGAUCUAUCAACAGCCCAUGAAGCCCCUAAGCCCCAAUGUCAAGCUCUGCAAGAUGUUGAAAAAGCUGUUCAAAUAUUUGAAACCACUGGGAAAAUCCCAGCCAGUGUAAUGGAGGCAAGCAUUUUCCGAAGACCGUAUUACCUGGCACGAUUUCUGCCUGCUCUGCUUGUCCCUCGAGCGCUGCCAGACUCACUGGAUUCACACAUGGCCUUUAUUGACUCCUUAAAAAGGGCAGAUAAAAUACCUGAUAUCAUGUACGCAAGCUAUAUUCACGCCUGCAACAGAGAGAAGCAGCAACAGCUUGAAGGUGUUUCUACGUUUGAGGCAAUGGAUCAUGGAAGAGAGCCGAUUGAAGUGUUGUCAGCCGCUCUAGAAGAGCUAAGGAAGGUGGCCAUCGAUCCAAGCAAAACUGAUGUUGUUUCUGCUCAGAUUGCUGUAAUCAGUGGUCAAUUGAAAACUAUGAUAGACGAUGAAGACCAUUGCACUGUGAUGGAUAAACCAAUCCAACUAGAUACUGUUGUGGAUAGUCUUGGGCCUCUGGAAAUGGAGGUCAGAGACCUUCUGUUGAAGAGUUUUUGUCAGACCUUUCUCGUAGUUUCCAGUUUCAACCCACCACAGAGGCAAGGUGAAUGGGCCUCUUUGUUUGUGAAAAUGUUGUGUGGACAUAGAAGAUUGCUGAGUGCUGUUCUUCUCAGAGUCCUGCAUCUCACCUGUCGCCAGGCCUCUUCUCUGAGUGAUGUCCAUGUUUUGGGACUGGCUGGCUUCACGCUUCACAUACACAUCUUGAGGAUCUCCCUUUCUGUCGAGAGCUUGCAAUCAGCUGGCAAAGAGGAAGUAUCAUUUGUUAAUCACCUGAACCAGUCCCUUGUGUGUCGAACUGGGGAAUCUUCCACGUUUUGCCUGAGGUUUUGUACAGCGGCAGUGGCGUAUGCAGUUUGCUUAUCCUCGUCCCGCUGCUCUUCAGCACUUGAUGUUGUACAGCAGUUUGUUCCUCCUGUAUUCAUGCAAAAGCUGCAAUAUGUGAUUCCACGACUGAUUCCAAAAUGCCGAAGAGACCAUGAUGUAGUAGUGGAACCGAUCUGGAUAAAUCUUGCUGGUCUUCAUUUAAACUGGACUGCUGCAGCAAUCUCACUGUUUAAACACCACACAUUCAAGGAGCUUGCAGAAAUGAAACAUUUCCAGCUAACAUUUUACGAUUGGUUGAUGUUUGAGCUGGAGGUUCAGCCACAUGGAGACCUGCUCUCUGAUGUCGACCGACAAGAGUAUCAGCAUUGGGCCUGUUACCAACAUUAUCUGCCAUCUCCCCUUGCCGCAGGAGGCUGUGGCGGAGAUUUACUGACUGCCUGUAGGACGAUUAUUAAUUCAUUAAUGGAUUUCAGUAAAAGAGCUAAGGUUCAGAGCUUUGAAGAAUUCAGUUGUUCAAGACGUCCUUCAUUCAACAGAUCGAGUUAUGAAAACAUUAUUUGUCGACUGCAGGAAAUGGUUUUUGAUCUGGAAAGUGUACGGGCAAAAGCACCACGUGAAGAUGGCCAUUUUCUCCUGGAUGUGUUUCUGGACAGACGGGCAAAGCUGGAAUUGCAAACCUUGAGCAAGCAAAUAGAGCAGCAGAUUGAAUUGCAGCUAUUUACCCGAAUUUUGGUGGCACUUCCUCCUUGUGUGCUGUUUAAAACACGCAUCGAUGGAUUGAAGACAACCUUGGAAUGUGAAGAAUUCUUUCACUUUACAAAUGCAGAACUGCGGAAUGGCUACUGCAAGGAGUUUGUGCUUCCUUUUCACAUCGUCUCGCACUUCUUCAGAGGUUUGCUGAAUGCCUCUGUCCAUUGUGAAAAGCCCAGCAGUGCUGUUGAUGGUAUUCUAAGCAAUAGCAAAGUCCGGUGCCCUCUACUCGUGCUGUCUGCAACGUAUUGGUGGGCAAGACUGGAGCCUGUACUCUGCACACAAUGGAAACGCUCUAGUGACACCCCAUUUCCCAGAGAACUACAGACGAUGCUUGACAGCCAGCUCUGGGCGAACAGGUUACUUGUAGGAAAAUUGGAAAGUGGUCCACCCUGUUGCCCCUGGGUGCUUGGCGCCUUCUUGUACUUCACCCUGCAGAGGGGGAAUAGCCUGAAGAUGCUGCAGACAGCAAUGAGAGAAAUCUGUGCUGAAAAUAAAGAGUUCCAGGUUUCUGUCCUAUAUGUGACUUUGAUGCAUUUGGUUUCGUCACUCCUGCAACCAAAGGAAACCUCUGACUUAACUGUUCCAUUAAAAACAUGCGCUGAUAUGAUCAUGAUUUUAGAGGAGCAGAACCAACCCUGGCUUGAUAUCUUUAUGGUGGUAAACAAGGAUUACAAGCCACACCAGAUCCUAUUCAGCAUGAUCUCAGAUGUGGAAAGAAAGCUGCUUCCUAUUGUCUUUUACAGUUUAUUGAUUAUUCUGGAUCCAAAGCUGGUUUCCUCAGUCAUCAAGCACUCAGAUUUUCUGUUCGUAGCCAUCACUCUGCAUUCGGCAAUGGUCAAGCUCUUCCUCGAUGGAGAAAAUAUCAUCCCAGUCUCGGAUCAGCCCGAUUUGCAAAACUCCAACCAGCCUGAUCCUUUGGAAUUGAUAACCAAGGGGCGGAGGUUCCUCCUUCGUGUCAUUCCGAGCUGUUCUGGUCAAAUAAUUUCACAGCACAACAAACUGCAGGCUGUUUGCAAGGACAUUGACCUGGAGCUGAAAGCUUCACUUGACCAUCAACUGCAGUUGUGCGCUGGUGAUGGACUCUAUUCUGAACCCACACUUUUAUGAAGAAGAAAAUGAGUGAACUGCAGAAAGAUAUAUUUUCAGCAUUGUAACUUUGCAAUAGUGAAACACAGGCAAAAAAACAGUGCAGGUUUUCAAACAACUUAAGAACUAAAUAACUUUUCAUUAAUGGAUACGUAUUUAAAUACGAAAAUAUCAUCUGGUUGUCAUCCUUCAUGACGUAUACAAAAACAUUGUAGAUUCUCCUUGAAUAAAUUAAAAUAACUAACUUUGUUUUGACUUUGAACAU